AUGGAGGAUCAGCGCAGGCCGAGUCGCGCCGCGGGAUAUCCAGCCUCAGCCGACACCGAGUGCGGCGGCAACUUGGCUGCCGCCGACACCGAGGGCGGCGGGGCACUGGCUGCCGCUAGGCGGGCCCAGCGCCGUCUCGGCCUCAGGGAAAGGCCAGCGCGCACCAAGAGAAAUCCGGUCUCUGCCGACGGUGGAGACCGCCGGGCCUUCGCCGCCGGCGACGAGAAGUUCGGUCGCCCCGCGGGACAUUCGGUCUCAGCCAACAUGGAGGGCCGCCGGGCCUUCGCCGCCGUCGAACGGGAUGGGUUUGGCUUCAGCCUUGGCCGGAAGGCGGGGGGCUCCGCAGGAUGUCCGGCCCCAGAGGAGAGCCGCCGGCCCGUCGCCGCGAGCCGUCCAGUCCCGGCCGGCCACAUUGGCCGGAAGCCGGGCUCCCCAGAAUAUCAGGCCCCAGCCGCCAAGGAGGGCCGCCGGGCCUUGGCCGCCGGCGACGAGAAGUUCGGAGGUUCCGCGGGACAUUCGGCCACAGCCGACAUGGAGGGCCGCCGGUCCUUCACCGCCGUCGAGCGGGAUGGGUUUGGCUUCAGCCUUGGCCGGAAGGCGGGGGUCUCUGCAGGAUAUCCGGCCCCAGCCGACAUGGAGGGCCGCCGGUCCUUGGCCGCCGGCGACGAGAAGUUCGGAGGUUCCGCGGGACAUUCGGCCACAGCCGACAUGGAGGGCCGCCGGUCCUUCAACGCCGUCGAGCGGGAUAGGCUUGGCUUCAGCCUUGGCCGGAAGCCAGCACCCGCCGCGAGCCAUCCAGUCCCGGCCGGCCAGCAGGGCCGAGGCUUCUGCCACAACUCCCGCCACAGCCGGGCCGCUUGUUUCAGCCUUGGCCGGAAGCCCGGGGGCUCCGCAGGAUAUCCGGUCCCAACCGAUAUGGAGGGCCGCCGGGUCUUCGCCGCCGGCGACGAGAAGUUCGGACGUUACGCGGAACAUUCGGCCACAGCCGACAUGGAAGGCCGCCGGCCCUUCACCGCCGUCGAGCGGGAUAGGUUUAGGUUCAGCCUUGGCCGGAAACCGGAUGUCUCCGCAGGAUAUCCGGCCCCAGCCGACAUGGAGGGCCGCCGGGCCUUCGCCGCCGUCGAGCGGGACUAG